ACUUGUUUCUGUCUCGGUGCUGUCAGGUUCUCUCCUGUGUGUGUGUGUGUGUGUGUGUGUGUGUGAGAGAGAGAGAGAGUGUGAGUGUGUGCUGUAAGUACUCAGACUGUCUGAUCUGUUAAUCGGACUGAUUGACUAAUCAGAUCGUCAGGUUGUGUUACGAUGUCGAGUCGAGGAGGGAAGAAGAAGUUGACGAAGACGUCUCGCUCGGUGAGAGCAGGAGUGAUUUUCCCUGUGGGUCGAAUGCUGCGGUACAUCAAACACAACCUCCCCAAGUACCGCAUCGGGGUCGGAGCUCCUGUUUACCUCGCUGCAGUGCUGGAGUACCUCACAGCUGAAAUUCUGGAGUUAGCGGGUAACGCAGCUCGUGACAAUAAGAAAGGUCGAGUGACUCCGCGUCACAUCCUGCUGGCCAUCGCUAACGACGAGGAGCUCAAUCAGCUGUUGAAAGGUGUGACAAUCGCUGCAGGAGGAGUUUUACCCAACAUCCACCCCGAGCUGCUCGCCAAGAAACGAGGCUCUAAAGGUAAACUGGAGGUCGUGGCGUCGCCUCCACCGGCCAAGAGCAAAACCACCAAAAAAACACCAACCGCCAAAAAAACCCCCAGCAAGAAGUCCUCCAGAGUGAAGAGGCGUGGCGAUGGCAGUAAAGCGGUGAACGCAGACAGCACCACUGACUCUCCGUCUGAUGGCUUCACCGUUCUCUCGUCUAAGAGCCUCUUCCUGGGGCAGAAGCUGCAAGUCGUACAAGCUGAUAUUUCCUCCAUCAGCAGUGACGCUGUCGUUCAUCCCACCAACUCCACCUUCCACACAGGUGGAGAAGUAGGGAGUGCGCUGGAGAAGAAGGGUGGGAAGGAGUUCGGUGAAGCCGUGUUGGAGCUGCGCAAGAAGAACGGCCCUCUGGAGGUGGCUGGAGCGGCAAUGACGUCGGGUUACGGCCUUCCAGCGAAGUUUGUGAUCCACUGUAACAGUCCCGGCUGGGGCUCGGAUAAGUGCGAGGAGCUGCUGGAUAAAACCGUGAAGAACUGCCUCGCUCUGGCUGAUGAGAAGAAACUCAAAUCUGUGGCGUUUCCCUCCAUUGGCAGCGGCAGAAACGGUUUUCCGAAGCAGAUGGCCGCUCAGCUGAUCCUGAAAGCCAUCAACAGCUACUUCGUGUCCACCAUGUCGUCCUCCAUCAAGACCGUGUACUUCGUCCUGUUUGACAGUGAGAGCAUCGGCAUCUACGUCCAGGAAAUGGCCAAACUCGACACCAAAUAAUUUUAUAUCCAUGUGUUUUUAAUGCUUUGUGGGUUUCAUACACAGAUCUCCACUUUAGAGCCCCAGAUAUGCUGAUAAUGAUGUCAUGUGCUGUGAGAUCAUGUGACCUCUGUACUGGUGUUUCCUCUCCGUGCUGUAAAAAGAGCAGUUCUCUCUAGACGCAAACAUUUUCCCAAAAAAUACAGAUAGAAUAAAAUUCCUGACACAUUUCCCUGCAGCACUGAGUUUAAUGUCAUGGUGAGAUGUUACACGUUAAUAUUUCCGUUAAAAACGUAAUAAUAACUUUAUUCUCAGUGUGUGUAGACCGCGGUGUUCCUCAGGGCCCAGUGCUGGGCCUCUGCUCUUUUCACUCAUGUUAGCUUUUGCUUGAAAAAUCCUUAGAUAAUUAAGUUGAAAAAUUAGUAUGAAUCACUACCAUCAUUAAUUUAUACACUUUCUCUAAUCAUCAGCCAGCUUCAUGCAGAAUCUCCACUCUAUCUAGCGCACUAAUAUGGAGAUCUGUGGCUUUAUCAGAGUUUAAAGAUGUUUAUUGAGUUACUUGUGGAUUUUAUGUUGAGAUGGUGGUAGAGUUUGUUUGUGUUCUUUACUGCAGGACUGUUUGAAAUUUAUUAGAGACCGACGGGACUGUGUCCGACUAUACACACACACACACACACACACACACACACACACACACGUACAAUAAUGCAGGAAAUACCCGAGAUCUUCAGAUUCUGUUUAGCGUUUUUAAACGUCACAUGAUUGUGACCUCAUCAACAAAUAACCAAAAGUUAGCUUAAUAUCACGUUAUGCUAAUAAUGAGAUGAUGAGAUUUUCCUCACGGUAGGAAAUUAACCGUUUCUAUGGUAACAUAUCAUAGUUUACUGUCAUUUAUUGGUAAAGCAGUAGGCUAAGAUGGCUAAAAGCUACCUUGCACCACACUAAUGAUGAUGAUGAUGAUGUCAUGAAGAAAGGACGAUGGGAAGGUGUGAUUUAUGUGUACACAUUAUUCGACAUUGUGUGACACAGACAUGACUUAAAUGCGCUAUAUCACUUUAUAGCUGCAGGAUGAUGACUGGUUGUUGUCGCUCCUGCAAUAAUAAACCUAUAAAUCUGUAAAGUCUAUUAAGAGAAUUAAAUGUUUACUUUUAUAUUAUUUUUAUUCAGAUUUACCAAAAGACCCACAAGAAUAAAUAGUGUGUAACAGAAUAUAAUGAGAGUGAUAAAUUUGGAACAGUCCACAGCAGUGUGUGUGUGUGUGUGUGUGUGUGUGUGUGUGUGUGUGUGUGUGUGUGUGUGUGUGUGUGUUGGGGGAGGGGGGGGGGGGGUGUUAGAUGGUACAUUCCGGGCAGUGGGCAUGUGGUGCGUGUGUGAUACACUCUGUGCACUUUGGUGUUUGUGACAAAGCGACGUGUCGUUUAAUUCUUCUUCAUUCUGAUUCUUUCUCUGAUGUGCAGCACUCACAUUAAAUAUAAUUAUAAAAUAUAAAAUAUAUCUAAUGUACGACAGAUGUUUUAAUAAAAUAUCACCCUGUGAUAAAGCUG